AUGCAUCAGCUGUCUGUGACCUCCGUGUUCAUCUGUCUGUGGCUGCUGGAGCGCUGUCAUGGCAACAGUAGCUUGGGCAACAGCCUCAAUGAUCUACACACACAGUUUGGCGUCAGCCUCUACCAAACACUCACAGAGACGGAGAACAACUCCAACCUGAUCGUGUCUCCAGCCAGUGUCUCGUUGUGUCUGGGUCUUCUGCAGCUCGGAGCCAGGGGAAACACUCUAGCACAACUUGAGGGAACUCUGGGAUAUGACAUGAACGAUGCUCGAGUGCAGGACAUUCUGUCUCGGCCACAAGGAGACCUGGAUAAAUCCAGCGAGGGGGUGCGGCUUCUGCUUGCCAAUGCCUUAUUUGUCCAGAGCGGUGUGAAACUCCUGCCAGAAUUUACCCAGCAUGCCUUGGAAUGGGGUAACAGUAGUCUACUAAGUGUAAACUUCAGUAAUCCAAACCACACUCGUAGUCGGCUACAGCAAUGGACAAGUUCCCAGAGUAAAGCUGAUGAGCAUCUCCAGACAAGAGAAGAGCAGCUUCAGUCCAGUGAGGCCCAGGAAGAGGCCUCCAGCCACAGUUUACUGCACAUGGCUCUUCUGAGCACAGUGGUAUUUCAAGGUGCCUGGCAGAAACAAUUCCUCUUCACUGACACUCAAAACUUGCCCUUCAGCCUCUCAGACGGCAGAACAGUCAAAGUCCCGAUGAUGUACCAGUCAACCGAAGUCAAUAAUGGGCAUUUCCGCCUGCCUUCAAAGCAUGCGUACACAGUGUUGGAGCUUCCCUACCUGGAUCGCUCACUCAGGCUACUGGUGGCCUUACCUAGUGACCGAAAAACCCCUCUGUCCCAGCUGGAAAAGCAGCUCACUGCCCGUGCUGUGGGACUGUGGGAUACUGGAUUAAGACGCACUAAGAUAGAUAUAUUUCUGCCCAGUCUCUCGGUAUCUCUGACGUCUUCAGUCCCUCAGCUGCUGAUCUUAGAGGCAUCUCAGGUUCAUUGCUGUUUAUAGGUCGAGUUCUGAAUCCAGCCGAGAUGUCUUGAGAUGAUACAUGCAAUCACAACUGCUUCAAA